AUGGCCGCAGCACAAAAUGAAACUCAAACCUCUACCAAGGUUCGGGAGUGCAUUCCUCGUCCCUCGACAACAAGCACAACAUCAUCAUCUCCUACAUCCACGUCAAAAGCCCUACCGAGAAAUUUUGGCAUGAUCGUCAACCGACCCUUUGAGAUGCUCGACGUCUUUGGACCUCUCGAUGCCCUAGGAUUGCUGGCCAAGAACCACCAAAUGAAUCUGUAUCUCAUCUCCGAGACAAUGGAUCCCGUCACCAUCGAGCCCGUUUCCGCUGCCAUGAAUGCCAAAAACUCGAGUUUCUUCCCCAAAAUCCUCCCAACACACACAUACGCAACAGCACCAAAGGACAUUGAAGUCCUCAUGGUCCCAGGCGGCCUCUGGACGCGCUCACCCAACCUCAACGCCACAAUCUCCUACAUCAAGACGACCUACCCGAACUUGCGCUAUCUCAUCUCCAUCUGCACCGGCGCCUCCGUCGUAGCCCGCGCCGGCGUUCUUGAUGGGCGCCGCGCGACGACGAACAAGGCUUCGUGGGCGAGCACCGUCGUACACGGGCCCCGGACCGAGUGGGUGGCCAAGGCGCGGUGGGUAGUCGACGGCAACGUGUGGAGUUCGUCGGGGGUGUCUGCGGGCAUCGACACGACGCUGGCUUUUAUUGACGAGGUGUACGGUGCUGAGGAGGCGACGUCUAUUGCGGAUUUGAUGGAGUAUGAGAGGCAUACGGACGCGAGUUGGGAUCCUUUUGCUGAGAAGUUUAAUGUCACAGAUUCGGCAUGA